ACAAAAGAAACGAGUAAAAGAAAAGUGUCUUUUGUGUUCGGAUCUCAAUUGUGCUCCGGAUGUUGGAUGAUGUAAUAGCGAGAAGGUCGACCGGCAAUGCCCUCGUAUCUCCCCAUUCCCCCAUCCUCCAUACUCAUUUCCAGAACUCACCCUUCACUACGCCUACACUACUACGCUACUACGCUACUACGCUACUACGCUACUACGCUACUACGCUACUGGUUGUGCCACCGUACUGGUUGUACUAGCGUACUGGUGUUGGAGGUGUUGGAGGUGUUGGAGGUGUUGGAGGUAUUGUUGGUGUUGGAGGUACCGGAGGAAUUGGAGCGAUUGUUGGUGCAUCUAGAUCUGAGCUACAUCCGUACCCACCCCUUUCUCACCUUGCUCAUCGGACCACUAAACCCCGAAUUUGCUGACAAUAAACCCACUUGCAACCCGAUUAUGUCAUUUGCCAUUAGACUCUCAUCCAUGAUGUAAUCGUUUUAGUUUGCAAUCACAAAUAAGGCUUUGUAUAUAUGGUGUUGUCCAUUUUAUUUAUUUUUGUUUUAUUUGGGUUUAUUCUGUCACGGGGAUUCUGGAUUCUUCCGGGCUUACCUCCAGGAGUUUAUCCGUUUGAAUCCGUGUUCUUUUGCACUGCUGUUUUCUUUUUUUUUUUUUUGGCGUUGAUC